CCAGUCGAUCGUCAGCAUCCAAAGCGGCAGCUAGCACAAAUUAAUUCAAGUAAAUAAAAACAAAUCCCAAGAUCUGCGAUGCUGCUGCUCCUUCUCUUGGUACUGCCGCUGCUCGCCAAUGCUCAGCGCUGGGAUAAGACAAAGACGCACUUUGGCAAUUGCCACACGGCGGACUAUGGCCGUGGCACGUGCGUCGAGCCCGCCAACUGUGACUUUUACGAUGUGGACAAGCUGGACGCAUCCAGCAAGCGGCAAUGCUACUCCCGCCAGAGACCCGAUUUGGUUUGCUGUCCGCGAGAGAGCAACAUUAUACCCGUGCUGGGGGUGCGCAUCAACAAUGGAACUAGCACAACCACAGCACGACCCUUGCUGCGACUGGAGGCAGCGCCCAACCAGCAGACACCACCUGGUGCCGGCUCACGACCCCGACCACCCACCAGCCCCGAUCAGCUGCCGGAGCAUCCGUACUGCGGCACGGCAUUCGCCUCCCGUGUGUUCGGCGGCAGCGUGGCGGGCAUCCUCGAGUUCCCCUGGACCACGCUGCUGGAGUUCUCCGAGGAGAAUGGCAACAAGAGCCACGUCUGUGGCGCUGCCUUCAUUGCCCAGCGCUGGCUGCUGACGGCCGCCCACUGCACGCACUCGUUCUUCAUGGGCCCCGGUCGCAAGUUGACGGGCGCCCGGCUGGGCGAAUGGAACAAGGCCACCGAUCCCGAUUGCAUCACGAAUUUGAACGGCAGGCGGGAGUGCGUGCCGCCGCAUAUACGUGUGGCCAUCGAUCGCAUCCUGCCGCACGAGCAGUUCUCCGUCCGGAAUCUGACCAACGACAUUGCCCUGCUGCGGCUGGCUCGGCCCGUCAAUUGGCUGCAGAUGCAGCACGUGGAGCCCGUCUGCCUGCCGCCGGCACGUGGUGCAGCGGCCAAUCAGCUGGUGGGCGCCGCCGUCGAUGUCUCCGGCUGGGGGCGCACGGAGCACAGCGAAUCGAGCAACUUCAAGCGCAAGGCGAUGCUCAUUGUGCAGCCGCUCGACCAGUGCCAGGCGGCGUUCAGCAAGGACGGCCAAGUGCUCAACGAGAACCAGCUGUGUGCCGGCGGCGGCAUUGGCGUGGACUCCUGCAACGGAGACUCCGGCGGACCGCUCACCGUCGAGGCCAACACACCGCAGCGGGAUCGCCUUGUCUACCUGGCGGGCGUCGUCUCGUUUGGGCGGGAGGAGUGCGGCCAGACGGAGUUCUCCGGCGUCUACACGAGAAUCAGCAGCUACAUGGACUGGAUCGAGGAGACCAUUCGAGCGAAUCGCAUUUAGUUCUCUUCUUCCUGGGGAACUCCCUCAGGUUUUCAUUUCUAUUAUAUAUUUUUUUUAUUAUCUAUUAAAUUCCGCGCGACGUCAUGGUGUCAUCGCUCACGUCACUGAUUUCCGCUCGUGGCAAUUUGUCAAAGAUGUUGUGUUGUCGGCCUCCCUCCCCCCAUAUCGGCACCGCUGUGGAUCGCAAUCUAACCAUAGAUUAAAGUUCUUUGCUCAUGACA